AUCUUUACAACGUAGAUUUAAAAUGUUCAAUUCUGUCAAUGCACCUUGAAAGCACCAUGAGCGCGGGUUUACUCCGCCCCACCGUACCCUGGGUUUUGCGUCUGACGUCACGGCCUGCAGCGCGUCUCCAGGAGAGAAGGUAACAAGAUGGGAUUGCUGUCCAUCCUUCGCAAACUAAAAAGCACACCAGACCAGGAGGUUAGGAUACUGCUGCUGGGUCUGGACAAUGGUGGAAAGACCACUCUUCUCAAACAGCUGGCAUCUGAGGACAUCAGCCACAUCACCCCCACACAGGGUUUCAACAUUAAGAGUGUACAGUCUCAGGGGUUUAAACUAAAUGUUUGGGAUAUUGGAGGCCAGCGGAAGAUCAGGCCGUACUGGAGGAACUACUUUGAAAACACAGAUGUGCUAAUUUAUGUCAUUGACAGUGCAGAUAGAAAGAGGUUUGAGGAAACCGGUCAGGAGCUGGCUGAGCUGUUGGAUGAGGAGAAGCUGAGCGGCGUUCCUGUGCUGAUCUUUGCAAACAAGCAGGACCUGCUGACAGCUGCUCCAGCCUCUGAGAUUGCUGAGGGACUUAAUCUGCACACCAUCCGGGACCGCAUGUGGCAGAUCCAGUCCUGUUCUGCCCUUACGGGGGAGGGGAUUCAGGAGGGCAUGAAUUGGGUCUGCAAGAGUGUCAACUCUAAGAAGAAGUAGCUUCACCUCUACAACUCAGGAGGAACAACACACACACAACACCUCCUGAGCCUUAGAAUGAUGGGCUUUACCUGUGAAUGUACACACACUACUAUCCAACAUGGACUCUGUCACCUCCCGUGUUGCUGAUGGGUAAUGACCUCAGCAUCUUCUGGUCUCCACGAAGAAGAGGGGCAAACCCAUGUGAGGAAACCAGCCUCCCCUCUUCAUUUUCCCAUCCCAGCUGCCUCUAACAUUCCCACUCCCAGGAAUUCCAACAUGUCCUUUAAAAAGUUUUACUUACAGUUCUGGUUACCAAACUUCAUUCCCCUUCAGUCUUCAUAUGAUCCUGUGUUUUUAUUUUUAAUCAUUCCAGAGAGGCUUUAAGCGCUUUUCCUGCUGUUGCUGUUUGAAGUGGAGUAUAUUUUUGUAACAGUUUUAUUUAUGGUGAAUUAGAGUGCUUUCAUACAUCUGCUUGUGUGGAGGGUCAGAGAAUAAAUGCAGCUUCUCCCCACUAAAUAUUACUGUGUUAAUAUGUAUAAAAAUAAGUUAAAAGUUUUAUGAACACUACAUUUUUAAGCAGUUGCAAAUAGCUCGGCCCUGUGUCGUCAUGCUCAUGGUGUAGAGUGUUUGGCAUUCUGCUGUACUGUUUAGUUUGUAAUGUUUGCAUAACUAAUACGAGCUGGUAGAUUUCUAACAGGUACUGUAUGAUCCGACGCGUUUCUGUGUGCUCCCAGGUAAGUGAGGGAAUUCACUGGUUCACCUUUUGAUAUUUUUCAAUGUAAUCAUUCUAGUUUGAAAGGUCGUGUAUGUGAAUACGAUCAGAAUUAAAAGUGUUUGAGGAA